GUGGAAGUUCCAGUUCGUCUCCCGCAACAGCCUCUGGGGGAAUCCCAUCACCUCUCAGCUCUCUCCUUUCUCCUGCGGGUUCUCCUCCCACCUUUCACCUCUCCGCAACCAAUCUUGGCAUGCCCUGCCCGGAUUCUUACCUGCACCAUCUUGGCCUACCCAUCUGCUACAAGAUUUGCCCUACCAACCUUUUAAGACAGCCGUCCCUCAUGUUCCCGAGCCACCAUAAGUUGGGAAGCGCCACCGGUCCUCACUUUUUCCCCCACUUCAUGGUGGAGGUGCCCACCUUGUCUUCUCUUAGCAUUGGCAACAUCAGAAGUGGCAAAGCAGAAGAUCUAGAUGGAGUGGUGUCCCAAGGGCCCAGUUCUGGUGGCCAGAUGUUAUAUGGCUUGCAUGCAUCUGGAAACAUUUUCCCGACGGCGCCUGUUGCCCGAGAAACUUUAAACUGUGCCUUGCAUCCUCCUUAUGGGUUCUACGGUUAUAACUUUUCAGUGCCUUCUAGGUUAAUGAAUUCGUUGAGCCACUUCAAAGUGAGUGAUGGCAUGUCACCUCUGCUCCAGGAAAGCAGGUGUAAUCAUUCUCCCUGGACAUCCACAGUUAACCACUGCCUCUAA